UAUUUAAGAGGCUUUUGCAACCAGCAGUCAAAGUUGAUAGUAUUCCGUAUAUAGGCGAGGUGAAAAAUCAAAAAAACAAAAAUGCAGUCAUCUAUGUUGUUCGUUACGCUAUUGCUGAUCUCCACUUUGCUACUAGUCAGCGUUCCGUCCGCCGAAUCGACGCUAAUUUUAUUGCUUUGUGCUCUAGGAUCACCAUUAUGUCCAUUCACCACAACUGCUGCCCCUGUUGCUAGUAGUACUUAAGCUAGGUGUGGGCAAAAGGGAACGAUACUAAACAGGACAAGGUUUUAAAGAAGUGCUCUGUCUUUUAAUGGAUUUGGAUAAAUAAAAAAACUUACUGCAAAUUAAAAAA